CACUACCUCAUCCGCGGCGAGCGGCUCCGCGACCAGGCAACCAUCCUGGAGUGCACGCUGCGGCGGGACGUCGUCUACAACAAGGUGAACCCCAUCUUCCACCACUGGCGUGGGGGUGAUGGCAAGUUCGGGCUGACCUUCCAGAGCCCCGCAGACGCUGCCGCCUUCGAGACCCGCGUCCAGGCCGCCCUCGACGAGCUCGCCCGAGGCUCCCUCUCGCCAUCCUCCUCCUCCUCCUCCUCCUCCCAGGACGAUGCCAACGGCAUGGACGACGCGGCCGCGCUGCACACGGACAGCGAGUCCUCGUCCAACAGCCGCAAGGAGAUGCUGCCCAAGCCUGGCACCAUCGUGACCAGCGAGUCGUCCUCCAGCUGCUACGUGCGCUCGCCCGCCUCCGAGGACUUCCCCUUCGGCGCCCCUGCGCCCGCCACGCCGCCCGCCCAGGUCAAUCCAGAGUGA